GUCAACACCAACAGUCCGCCCGCCGCCUCGUACACAGAACGCUCGUCACCAUGUCGGGCCUCUUCGCAACCCAGUACGUCCAGGGCGUAUACAUCCCCUCGGCGCUGCUCAUUGUUGGGACCGCAAUUGUCAAGAAGGAGUGGCUGCCUUUCGCCGCAGCUUUGGCUGUGAUCUUGGGAGGCUGGAAGGUGUUCAGCAACGCUCCCCGCAAGGUGCUCAGGCCCAAUGAGUUCCAGGAGUUUCCUCUCAAGGAGAAGACGAUUCUGUCGCACAACACAGCAAUCUACCGCCUCGCACUGCCCCGCCCAACAGACAUCCUCGGUCUCCCCAUCGGCCAGCACAUCUCCCUCGCCGCCACCAUCGACGGCAAGGAAGUCGUCCGCUCCUACACCCCCAUCUCCUCCGACGAAGACCACGGCUACAUCGACCUCCUCAUCAAGUCGUACCCCACGGGCAACAUCUCCAAGCAUGUCGCCUCGAUGGCCGUCGGCCAGACAAUCAAGGUCCGCGGCCCCAAGGGCGCCAUGGUCUACACGCCCAACCUCGUCAGACACUUUGGCAUGAUCGCAGGCGGCACCGGCAUCACCCCCAUGCUCCAGAUCAUCAAGGCUAUCCUGCGCGGCCGCGCUGCAGGCGACAAUACCGAGGUCGAUCUCAUCUUCGCGAACGUGAACCCCGAGGACAUACUGCUGAAGGAGGACAUCGAUGCGAUUGCGGCCAAGGACUCUAAGUUUAGGGUACACUACGUGCUGAACAACCCGCCCGAGAAGUGGAACGGCGGCGUGGGCUUCGUCACCGCCGACAUGAUCAAGACCAAGCUCCCCGCCCCUGCAUCGGACGUAAAGAUCCUCAUGUGCGGACCCCCGCCUAUGAUCUCUGCGCUCAAGAAGGCCACCGAGGGCCUAGGAUACCAGAAGGCGCGCCCGGUCAGCAAGCUCGAGGACCAGGUCUUCUGCUUCUAGGCGCUGCAUCGCGAGUAGGAGAUCCAUAGCUUGGAUCACUGAAGAUAGCGCGCUUUCUAGCGCGGGGAAAACUCGGGGAGCGUUUGCUUGCGAGGUUCGGCGUCUCAUGUGUCAGCUCGGGUACUAGACGAAAAUGGCAAUUCAUGGCGACUGCGGUAUAUCCACAUUUCUGCAACAAGAGCUUUGGCAUCUCCGUAUCCUCAUGGGAUGCAUUUGGGGGGUAAUACGAUCUCACAAUAGAGACUACAAUUUGAUGUACAUAAUGCGUGUACUGGCCCCGAAGAGUCCAGAGAAACUUCCGAUGUGCCUAGGACAAUUCCAUUACGGCACAGUGUUCGUGUGCGCUUUUCAAUGCUGCGGAACCAUUCCGCCGUCCACGGCAAUGACCUUGUUCGUC